AUGGAAAUAACAGGAUGUGUUUAUUGCCCCCCAAUAGUUAUAGGAUGUUUUGAUGGAUGUCCUGAUGGAUAUGAAUGCAUUAGGGAACAACUGCCUAAAAUUCAGCAUCAUAAUUGUGGAUGUGCCGCACAUUACAGAUAG